AGUCACACAUCACGAAUUCAGGGUUUAAGGACCUGUUGAAUACUGUGAAGUUCUUUGAGGCCUAAGCCUAGCUCACUCUCACUUUUCUAAGCAAAACCCCAAAAAACUUUGCGAAGAAUCUGCCUCUUUCCCUCUCUCUCCUGACGAGAGUGAUGGAGACGAUGAAGCUGAGACUGCGAGUAAACUUCCAAGAUCGUGGAAUUCUAAGCAAAACCCAGAAAAAAAAUGGUCUCAAGCGUUCAUGGGUUCUUCUCAAACCACAGUUUCAGACUAUUUCCGACGUCGUUUCUUAUCUUCUUCACUCUUUCGACCUCCAUCACUCCUGCCCUAAUGGCAUCAUCCUCUUUAUGAAUGGCUUUGUUCUUCCACCAUUUGAGUCCACUACCAUUUUCAAGGAUAAAGAUCGAAUAAGUGUGAAAAGGAAUGGGUUGGGCCUGUGUAACUCAUUGAAGGCAUCUGAAGAGGCGAGACUAUUCGUUGAAGAUGCAAUAGUAGAGAAGCAACCAUUACCCUCUGCUGUCCGGCUUUUGGCAAAUGAGGAGUUUGACAAAGAGACGGGAGGCUACCAGAGUGAAAUCGAUGAGGAUGAAGAUGAGGCAGAGGAGCCUGUGCAAAAUGCUCAAGGUGGAGAUGUAGUUUCCAAGAAGAGAAAGGCAUCCAGCAAAAUUGAGAGCUCAAAGAAAAAGAGACAGCGGCAGGUAACACCUGAAAGUGUCCAGAAGAAGGAUGCUGAUCACCGUGAGCAUGUCAAAACACCGCAGAAGAAAAGAAAACUUGCUAAUGAGAGUACACACAAAGUCGCAAUUAAUUGCACCAAAAGUCCAGAGCCAACUUCUAACACCAAUGAACUUGAGGACAAAAAGGAAAAGACUGUACAUGCAUCUGGCGCGCCUAAUGGAGAAAGAAAGGUAUGCAGAAGUACUCGGCGUAAGAGGAUUCAGAGGAAAUGGCAAAAAGUACACAGUGCCAAAACUAAUGUGGCUGAGGGUGAGAAACAAGUGCCUGUGCAAGAUCUAAAUAAAGAUUCAGGAUCUGGAAAAGAUGUGGUUAAAAACAUCGAACUGCUUGUUUUGGAAGAUGGUGAUGCAGAUGAUGAUCUAGUCCCUGUAGAGAUUCGGCCUGGACACAUACGCUUCACUCCGUCUGGCAAAUCCAAGGAUAUUGAAGACAAUCAAGAAGCAAAUGGUUGGGAUGUUCAGACAACCCAAAAAAGUUCUUUUGAAGAUCACACCACACAGAAGCAUGUUUGGGAUGUUGACAAACAUACACCAGCCAAGGAAACAUUUUGCUGGAAUGGAAUCACAAAUAAAAGGAAAGGUCAGCAAUGGGGCAAGGAGAAUCAGCCAACCUCCUGGAAGGAAUCAAGAGAUUAUAGCAGCCAUUCUAGUUCAAGAGCUGCCAGAAACCAGCCAAGCUCUUCCUGGAAGGGUCAAAGAGAUUAUAACACCCACUCUUCUGGUGCAUGGGAUUCCAGAAAACAGCGGCCAAAUAACACUUAUGUGGAUUUCGAGAAGCUCAUACCUUUAAUUGACUUGCCGAAGGUAGGCGACAUAAUUGCAUAUCGUUUAUUGGAGCUGUCAUCAUCUUGGUGCCCGCAGCUGUCUUCUUUCCGAGUUGGAAAGAUUUCAUGUGUUCAUCAAGAUUCGAAUAAAAUUAUGUUGGUUCCAGAACCAGAAUACCCACUUAAUCUGGAAAGGAAGGCAGGCGAUGAUCAUGAUGAUGAUUCUGGAGAACCUCCGCAACCUUCUGUGUAUAAUGAAGAUGGAUCCCUAGAGAUAGAUUUCCCUUCUCUUGUUGAUGUACGUAUUUUGAAGCGCGUUGACUCGAGUCAAUCAGAAGCCACUGGAGCCCCAGCAUCCGAUGGUACCUCUGUCCCUCCGAAUAUGUCUAAGAAGAACAACAUAACAGAAGAUGGAAGUAAGAAUGUUGUACCAGAUACUGGUAAUCAAAAACUGCGUACACCUGGUGCUCCUGCGAAUGGGAAGAAAGACGUGUGGGAAGAGAUAAGCGAGGCCUUGUCUGCAAAGAAAGCACAGCUUACACAAGAGGAUAGUUGGAACAAGAAAGAAACUUCGGCUAAGCGCUCAUGGUCUCGCAGAACCUUGAAAAGCAGUGCGCUCGGUCCUACUAUGGCUUUGUUACGAGCACAAAAUGGUGUAUGAAUCAUGAAGGUACGACCAUAAAGUUUUGAUACGCAGCCUCGAUCACGAGCCUUGAACCUAUGGUCACUUGCUACAUAUUAUUGUGGUUCUUUUCCUUGGGUGUGUUAUUAUGUAUAGGCUCUUUGCACAGGUCUAAUAUGUCUUCUCUGUGCAUUUAGCUUUGUGAACCCUUAAUCUGUAUGUGGCUACAUGGUAAACUUUUCGAGGUUGUGAUGUUCACCGUAAUGUAUCUGAAAUCGAAUUUGCACCAAUGAUAUGUACACAUGCAGUUAUAAAUAGAGUAACAGACAUUUUAUCCA